CCAUCCGGCCCGAGUAGCGUCGUCUUCGUCGGUUCGCUCGACUCGACGUGGGAUUUGCUCCUCUUCGCUGCGACGCGCUGCCUCCCUCUACUGCUGCCGCCGACGAAUCCCAGCGGCGCCGCGACGCCGCCGGUGCGCCGCCGCAGUUCGUUUUUGUUUAUGCAGUUAGCAUGGCAGCGAUGAACAAUGAUCUGGGAGGACUGGGAGGCAGACCUGCUACUUCACAAGCUAAUCCUUUUGAAAGUGCUUUAUAUGGAGCUGGACCUGGACUCAUCCGAAGUGGGUUAGGAGCAUACGGCGAGAAGUUUUUAGGUUCAAGCUCUGAGUUUAUGCAAAGCAAUAUCACUCAGUAUCUGUCCAAUCCUCAGUACUACUUUCAAGUCAACAGUCAGUAUGUGAGAAACAAGUUGAAGGUGAUCUUGUUCCCUUUCCUGCACCGGGGGCACUGGACAAGGAUAACUGAACCGGUGGGAGGAAGGUUGUCAUACAAACCUCCAAUUCAAGAUAUCAAUGCUCCAGAUCUUUACAUUCCUCUGAUGGCUUUUGGGACGUAUGUUGUAAUUGCUGGAUAUGCUUUGGGUGUUCUUGGGAGGUUUACCCCAGAGGCACUCACUCUACAGUUCACAAAAGGAUUACUUGGCUGGUUUCUGCAAGUAAUCCUGAUCAGAGUUCUACUGUACACGCUGGGAAGUGGUGAAGCGCCAUUGCUGGACAUUGUGGCCUAUGCUGGGUAUGGAUUUGCUGGUACAUCACUUGCAAUGCUUGUCCGCGUCUUCUGGAGCCCGUCAUAUUAUUUUGUACUGCCAUGGUUCUCAAUCUGCACCGGAGUUUUCCUUGUCAAGACGAUGAAGAGGGUUCUUCUGGGCGCACCAAGGAGCUAUGAGAGACACCCCAGCCGGAAUCACUACUUUCUUCUUUUCCUCGCGGUUGUGCAAUUUCCCAUGCUCUUCUGGCUAGGCAACAUCAGCGGGUGAUAUUUCAGCCUUAUUUUAGAACUACAUAACUCGAUUUAUUCGGUAUUACUGGAAUAGGUUUGAGAUUUAGGCAUAUAUGUCGUUCAUAUUCUUGUGGAAGUGGUAAAUUGCUGGACAAGAAGUUGCAUACCAAAUGUCUGUCCUUCGCCCUUGUCUGUCCGGCAUUAACUGAAGACCAAUGGAUACACGAAUGUUCUUAUCGUACAUCAUCGCUAUUUUGCCUUCUGUAUCUCAUUUUUGUUACUUAGUCACCGCGAUCGCCUUCAAGCUGUCUUACGACCUGAGACAUGUCUGUAUAAAAUCAGAUGAUAAUGUUCCUUGUCGUGCACUUCAAUUGCUUCUGAAAUGUGAUUCUUCA